AUGAAGAAAGAAAUCUUCGGGGAAAAUCAAUCAACAGAGGCGAAUUCAAAAAAUGAUUCUGCUAUUGAAACGAGUUUAAAUGCAACAGGUGGACAUGGAGAGGUUCGGCAAGAAAACAGUCGACAAGGAAGCGUUGUCAUCGGACUCGAUAAGGAAGAUGAUUCUCGUCGUUUAUCGAUGCUGUGGGAUUCAUUCAAAGCGAGAAAAAGCAUCUGCGGAAACAAUUUGGCUUUGUUCGAAGAGCCAAGUGAACCUUUUAUUAGUUCCUACCUCAAGGGUUAUACAACGCCAGGCCCAUUAGAACGCGAAAAAAGUAAACAUGCUAAGGCAGAACUUGGUGUUAUGCUGGGUGUUUAUUUACCAACAAUUCAGCACAUUCUCGGUGUAACCAUGUUUAUACGUCUUUUUUGGAUGGUUGGUAUCGCUGGUAUCGCACAAACCUUCUUUCUACUGUUUAUCUGCUGUCUUUGUACAUUGUUGACCAGUAUAAGUUUAUCAGCUAUAGCAACAAAUGGUGUCGUAGAAAGAGGUGGUGCAUAUUUUAUGAUUUCACGAAAUCUUGGAGCUGAAUUUGGCUCAGCUGUUGGGAUAUUGUUUUAUUUGGCUAACACUGUUGCUACAGCGAUGUAUCUCGUCGGUGGUGUCGAAAUAUUACUGCUUUACAUAUUUCCUGGUUUAACAAUCGGUGGUACCGAAGUUCAUUCAGAUACAGGAUUGAUGGGUUGGAUGUCGCAUAACUUGCGAUUUUAUUCCACCAUUUUGUUGUUACUGGAAUUUGCAAUUGUUGCGAUGGGUGUUAAAUUCGUUCAGCUCUUUGCACCGAUAUCACUGUUUUGUGUUAUCCUGUCAAUCUUGGCCUGUUACGCUGGUGGAAUCGAAAAAACAAUCAUAUCACCUAACGGACAGCAUGUAUGCAUGUUGGGCAAACAUUUACUGCAAGCACGAGCUGUCCUACCAGAUGACGCUCCACUUUCUGAUAUUUGCAAUUAUUGUAAUGCUUCUGUUCCUGGACCAUUAUUAAAUUAUUUUUGUCCAAAUGAUGAAUGCUCCGAAACGUUCGUAAAAAAUGAAUUACGUUGUAUCAAUGGCUUUCCGGGAUUUGGGAGCAGCGCAUUUAUCGAUAAUUUGGGAUCAAAUUAUGUUGGCGAAAAUGAAUAUCUGAGAGGAAAAAAAGCUGAUCGAAAUGUGGAAGUAUUCCAAGAUGUUAAAACAACAUUUUUCAUAUUGCUUGCUAUUUAUUUUCCCGCAGUUACUGGAAUUCUGACUGGUGCUAAUAUGAGCGGGGAUUUAAAGGAACCAAAUUCAUCAAUCCCGGCUGGUACCAUUGCUGCUCAAUUGACGACAUCAUUCAUUUAUUUCUCACUUGCUUUGGUUUUUGGUGCAACGAUUAAUGGUGCUGUACUGCGAGACAAAUAUGGGCAGUCGUUGCGUGGUGGCAUGAUCGUUGCUAAUUUAGCUUGGCCAACAGAAUGGCUUUUAUUAAUUGGAUCAUUCCUAUCGACAUUCGGUGCUGCUCUUCAAUGCCUUUGCAGUGCACCACGUCUUCUGCAAUCAAUUGCUAAAGAUGACGUAAUACCAAUUUUGAAACCAUUCGCAAAAGUUACGUCCAAAAAUGAGCCAUUUAAAGGGUUAUUGAUAACGGUCAUAAUAGCGGAAUUAUCCAUACUAAUGGGUGCAAUGGAUCAUAUAGCUGCUGUGGUCGAUUUCUUUUUCUUGAUGUGUUACGCAUUUGUGAAUUUGAUCUGUGCACUGCACUCACUUCUCGGUGCACCGAACUGGAGACCGAGAUUUAAAUUCUAUCAUUGGUCUUUAGCAUUACUUGGAGCAGGACUUUGUUUUUUCAUCAUGUUUAGCACUCAUUGGGAUUAUGCAAUUGUUUCAUGUGUGCUUUGUCUUGCUAUAUACAAAUAUGUGGAGUGGAAGGGUGCUAAGAAAGAAUGGGGUGAUGGAAUUCGUGGUUUAGCUCUGACAACAGCGCAAUAUUCGUUGAUGAAAAUUAAUGAGACAGAUCCACAUCCAAAAAAUUUCCGACCGCAGUUACUGUUGCUUUUAUCAAUGCCAUGGUCCAAAGAACUUGUUGAUAUGCGUUAUUUGAAUUUGAUCAAUUUAGCAUCGCAACUUAAAGCUAGUCGUGGUUUAACUAUUGUUGUCGCAUUUAUACGUGGCAAUCCUCUUGUUAUCGAUGAUAGAAAAAAGGCGGAAGAGGUAAAAGCACGUAUGGAAUUCGAUAUGAAUCAAAUCAGGCUUCGUGGUUUUGCAAAAACAUUGGUGUACGGUGAAACACAA